AUGAAUCUUGCAAGAUUCGUUACUAAUAAUGAACAAAAGCUGAAAGAAGAUGAGGAUGAUAUCCAAGUCAUUAAUGUUGUUAAUGACUGGAUCAAAUCUGAUUUUCUCCGUCGUAACUAUGUUAUGAGUUGUCUUGAAAAUUCUUUGUAUGAAAUUUAUGCUACAAAGAAGACGGUUAAAGAACUGUUGGAGUCUUUAGACCGGAAAUAUAGAACUGAGGAUGCUGGCACAAAGAAAUUUGUGAUUGGGCAAUUCCUUGACUAUAAAAUGGGAAUUAUCCUGAGUGAGACCUUCCAAGUAGCUGCAUUGAUUGAAAUGCUACCCCCUACAUGGAAGGAGUUCAAGAGAUACCUUAAGCAUAAGCGAAAGCAUAUGACCAUUGACGAAUUAAUUGUUAUACUUUGUCACAAGUCAGUGGACUGUAGACUGCCAAAGAAGAACCGUAGUCAUGAGACUAACAUGAUGGAUGACAUCUCAAAAGAUGUUGGUGAUAUGACUCUAUCAGCGAUGGUGUUUGACGUAAACCUAGUAAAUUAUAACCCUAGAGAGUGGUUGAUUGACACUGGUUCUACUCGGCAUAUAUGCUUAGACAAGAGUCUGUUCAAAUCUUUUGAACAAUUGACCAAUGGAGAGAGACUAUUUAUGGGAAACUCUGCCACAUUUGAUAAUGAGGGUCAAGGAAAAGUGAUCCUAAAAAUGACCUCUGGGAAAGAGCUGACUUUGAACAAUGUGUUGUACAUACCGGAUAUCCCUAAGAACCUUGUAUCUGGUUCACUGCUGAACAAGCAUGGAUUUUGUAUGGUAUUUGAGUUGGACAAGGUUGUUUUGUCUAAAAGUGGAAUGUAUGUUGGAAGGGUUAUGUAA